AUGAGGGUGAAAGGAAACAUAAGUCGGUUAGAUGAAGGAUUCCAAUUGAUAAACAGACACAAGAAGAAGGUUCAGAAUUUUCUGCCCUGUAAAAGUGAACACCAACCACCGUGUGAUAUUCCUGGAUCUACCGGAGUUCCGUAUGACGACGUAUUAAUAAAUCAUCAUCCCACUAGGAUACAAAGUCAUCUUCAUGGAGGCUCCAGUAACCAAACUCUGACCUCAUUCGAACAGCAGCUUCUGGACGUCAGAUAUAGAGGAUAUGGAGCACCCCAAAUUACACACUCCAACUUUACAUUUUCAAAUAAAGAAAUAGGAAGUGUAAGAUCUAAUAAAAAUAAAGAACAUUUCAAUCCAAUUUAUGAAGAAGUUUCUGGAGGUUCCGAAGAUAAGGGUGGCAGUCGCAGUGGAGACUCGGACAUCGAUGAUAGUGAAACAGAAGCUCGGGUAACUGGUAGUGAAGACGAAUUCGCAGAAGACGAGUUGAGCCUCGCAGAGUUCCCAAGAGAAGCGGGACGGGUGGUAUCAGGAACUAGCAGUUUGCAGGGGUCCACGGGAGGAGACUUGUGCCCUGACGUAGUUUCUGGCUCUAGUGAAGGUGCGUUGACCGACAAUUCGGACUCGCGAGAACUCCGUGGACUUUUUCGUGGAAAUAAGAGUGGAUCUUCAAAUCGUAAAAGUACCGGUCACUCGUUAGAACGCAAUCGAAACGGACAUGCUAGUGAUGGGUCUCAAGCCAAACAACACUAUUAUCUACACAAAAAUAUGAAUGGUCCUGAUCUAGGUUAUCCCAAUUUACUUAAAGGUAGUGAAACGCCUUUUCCUCUAAAUAGCUUAAAAUCUGAACCACAUCCGAGUAUAUCUGGUGCUUCAUCCAAUGCUUCUGUGUUUGUACAUGACCCAGGUUAUCCACGAAGUGGUCAGAAAGGAAUACAUUCUAGCCAUCAAUCAGAUAGACGGACCCAAAAACGAUCCGAGAGCUCCCCAUCUCCUCUUCCUAACCCUUAUGGCCAAGACGUUGCCCAAGCUCAAGUUACGCAAAGUCCGCACAGUUCUACAUCCAGAUCCAAAUCUGGCCGACUUCCGGGAGCUGUUCUUUCAGAACUUAAUCAGAGAUUCGGUGGAUCUGGUAAGAGGCCAGGUUUAUACCCUGCUAAUCAACCUCGUAAUAUUCCCUUAAUUGAUAAUCAGCGUUCAGCAGCUCCUGUUGAGUUAGGGACCUUUCGACCAGGAGGUAGGAAUUUAACUAAUCCAGAUAACAUUUACGCAUCAAUAGACGAAGAUGGCCUUUACGCCAUUGAUGGUAGUCGUCAGAACACUAGUCGGAGCCCGGGAGAUUCAAGACAAAAUUUUGAUAGACGCGGAGUGCCAAAGGACUGGAACAAAACAUUGGACAGCCAAUACAUUCCACCUGCAAACAGUGCCGAAGAACAGGAAUCGUAUGGAGAUAUUAGGCCUGUGAACGAUUCCAGAACAAUAGGCACAUGAUUACUAAGUUAACAUUUAUGUUCUAUAUUACUUUUCCAUCGCCUCUAGUUUGGUCCCGCCUGGCAAUGGAAAGAACUAAUGAUACUCGUGAGUGAUGCUGUUAAGACUCCUUUCUUCCUGAAAACCUAAUAAGCGCUCGGAAACGGGAGUUGUCUUUUACAUUGUGAAGUAAAUUUUGGUUGUAAGGUAAACUUUUAUUGACUAUUCAACGGUAAAUAAUUGUAGCCAUAGGUGUAAAAAAAAAAAAUAAUAAUAACAUUCUGUUUACAAGUUAUGCGCCUAAAUAAAUUUUGUAAAGUGUCAAAUCAAACAGUCAUUACGCUUUGAGCUAGAAUUUGUUCCCGUUAUUUAGUUUCUACCUAGUUAUCAAGAAAGGCUCGUAUAGUCAGCACUGUGAUAUGUCCGUGUAAGCUGCUUCCCAGAUCUUGCCGGCCCCCUCUGCUGAGUAGGAGCCACGCGCCAACCGUAUGUAUAAAGAUUUUUUUUUUCGGUGCGAAGACCACCGAAGAAAGCUGCUAUUUUAUUUUAUUUGAAGAGGAACGUCCAUUAUAUUGCCACACGAUGCUCAAUGCCUAAAGCAUGUCACUAUAUAAAUAUAGUGUACAAAGUACAUCACGUAAUCUAUUCAAGCUCUUAGUUAUUUCAGAUUGGAUGAUUUUUUCUAUUUUUUUUGUAUAAACUAACUAUAAUACUUAAUUAAAAUUUUUAGAUGACAUUAGACUGCUGCACUGAUUUCAACCUUGCUUGUUAUUCAUUCCUGUAGUAUAAUUCAGAAGAAUUAUUUUUCAGGCACUUUGUCGUAGGACAACUUGUGAACAGUGGACCUAAGUUACUUAACUUUAUUUAACAUAAUAAGAGCUGCUUUCCCUCAGUUUUUGAUUAGCUGAGAAAAACUCGCCGUGUCAACAACUUCAGGAUAGCUAAUUUUAAGUUUUAAAAACCAGACAAAAGGUAAAAAAAAACUUUACUCAUAAGCAGAAUUACAUUCUCAGUGUCAUUUUUUUGUCUGAUUAAAAUUCAUUCGUUCUGGUGUUAUAUCUGUUGUCAGUAUUCUAUAAAAAAAAAAAAGGAAAAAAAAAUAAAGGUGACAAAAUUAAUUGAAAUAUGUAUACUUGUAUAUAGUGUGCAUUUGAAAGUCAGUAUGUAGAAACUUUUGAAAUUCAUUUUGGACAUUCUAAUGU